AUGCGCUACAACGAGAAGGAGCUACUGGCGCUCUCCCGGCAGCCGGCUGACUUGGCGGCCGAGUUGGGCAUGCGGGCUCCCAAGAAGGGCAACGUGGUGAAGCGGCGGCUGGUGAAGCUGGUGGCCAAUUUUCUUUUCUAUUUCCGGACGGACGAGGCCGAGCCCAUCGGAGCCCUGUUAUUGGAGCACUGCCGAGUCACUAAGGAAGAGUCCAGCGGCUUCUCCAUCAGCUUCUUGGAAGACACAGAGAGGAAGUACCGCUUUGAGUGCUGGAGUGAGGAGCAGUGUCAGGAGUGGAUGGCAGCCCUGCGCCGGGCCAGCUACGAGUUCAUGCGAAGGAGCCUUGUCUUCUACAGGAAUGAGAUCCAGAAGGUGACAGGCAAGGAUCCUCUGGAACAGCUUGGCAUCUCUGAAGAGGCCCGCUUCCAGCUGAGCAGUUUGAAGGCAUGA